UGGACCGGACUGUGACAAUGAGAGGGACGAUUCUGGUUCUGUUCUGCUGGGCCUACGCGGUGCAGGGGAUUGUGAGAAUCCCCCUGCAGCGCUUGCCGUCCGUGCGCACCCAGCUGCGUGAGGCCAACCGUCUGGAGGAGUUUGUGCGAGAACACCAGCAUGAUAUCUUCCAGCGCACCUACGUGCAGUGCUUCCCCCCCGGCACCCAGUCCCUCGCUAAGAGCCGCAGCGCUGAGAAGCUUUAUAACUUCAUGGAUGCUCAGUACUUUGGUCAGGUGAGUCUGGGUACACCUGAGCAGAACUUCACUGUGGUGUUUGACACGGGCUCAGCUGAUCUGUGGGUCCCCUCCUCCUACUGCGUCAGCCAGGCAUGUGAUAAUCACGAAAAGUUCCAGGCCUUUAAGUCAAGCUCCUAUAUCCAUGAUGGGAAAGCGUUUGGCAUCCAUUAUGGCUCUGGACGUCUGAUGGGUAUAAUGGCAAGAGAAGUCCUAAAGGUGGGUUCCAUCACUGUGAAGAACCAAGAGUUCGGGGAGUCUGUGUUUGAGCCCGGGUUCUCCUUCGUCAUGGCCAAGUUCGAUGGCGUGAUGGGGAUGGGCUACCCAGACCUGGCCGAGGAGAUGGGGGCUCCUGUGUUCGACAGCAUGAUGGCGCAGAAUCUGGUGGAACAGCCCAUAUUCUCCUUCAAACUCUUCAAGAGUAAGUCCUCUUCCGAGGGAGGAGAGCUUCUGAUAGGGGGAGUGGACGAGUCCAUGUACACAGGCCCCAUUAACUGGGUGCCUCUCACUAUUCACAGCUACUGGCAGAUCAAGAUGGACAAAGUGAAAGUUCAGGGUGUAGAUAGUUUCUGUUAUGGCUCUAAACCUUGCCAGGCCAUUGUGGACACAGGCACCUCCCUCAUUGCUGGACCAACUAAUGAAAUUGUUAUUCUGAACGAGCUCAUUGGAGCUACACCUACCUCUAUUGGAGAAUACUUGGUUGACUGCCAUCGUGUGUCAAGUCUGCCAGCGGUAACUUUCGUACUGAAUGGCGUGGAGUACCCCAUCUCUGCUGAGUCAUAUGUCAGACGGGAGACGCUGGGUGAUAGAGAAAUCUGCUUUAGUGGGUUUUCAGCAGUGGAUCUCCCAACUCCCAUGGGACCAGGCUGGAUUCUGGGAGAUGUAUUUCUCUCCGAGUACUACAGCAUCUUUGACCGUGGUCAGAACCGCGUGGGUUUCGCCAAAGUCCGACCCUGAUUCGGGGACCUGAUCAGAUCACUGUCACAAGAGCAUCUCAUUUGUGAUAUGUAAAUAAAUUGCAUUACCAUUAAUGUU